UCACACUACUUUUCCGUUGUCCUUCCUCCACCCCAUCUCCACCUCCCCCGUCCUCAUCCAUUCAUCCCAAAUUAUCUUCGCAGUAUCCUCUAGAGUACAGGGUGAAUAGCAAGCAACAAUGUAUCUACCACCUCUCCUCACCGUCGCCGUGACCAUCAUCCUCUCAACAACAUCCGCCCUCGAAGCCCGCGAGAUCCUCGCACCCCGCAACUGGGACCUCCGCCUCCUCGGGCCAGGAUGUAACCCCAACGCCUCGAAUAUCGACAUCUCGGUUUUCCACCGGUCGGGGCUCUACGGGAGGGACUGCGAGGCUCUCGAUACGAGUCUCUUCAAUACGACGAGUGUGAAGAGCGUUUCGUGGAAGAGCCCGAGCCCCGGGGCGGGUCGGUAUGAUUUGUGUAUGUACAGUGAUGCGGAGUGUGGGAGUGAUAAGCCCGAUGUUAUUCGCGGUGGGUGGGAGGUUUGUUAUCCGUUUACUGGGUGGGUGGGGUUCAGGGUUGUUCAGGGGGGCGAGGAGUGUUGAUACAACGGAAGGAAAGUUUGUGUGCAUUCUAUGUAUAUGGAUAGUGAUUAAGUGAGGGUGUGUACAUGUGGUUUUGAUGAACCCAGUUAAGCAGUCUUGGCCUUCUU